AUGGCCACCAUCUCAUACCUUUACCUAGGCUCCGGCGACUACUCCGCGCCAUGGGAACUCGCAAAGCAAAAGUCCGUGUUCGACCAAGCAAAGGCAAUACGCUGUGGCCUCGACCUCUCCCAGCCGAUCAACCCUGGGAAUGAAGGCGCGUCGCGCACUCUACAAGGCAUCACCAUCACGGCGACUGAACUACUUACACGAGAAGCGACCGAUAAAUUGUACCGCGACAUCGACAAGAGGAAUGGAGUCACUCACGAGCAGCAUGGCGAGCUGGACAGAGUCCAAGACAACAUCCGCAACAUUCAGCUCAUCGGCGAAGCGCGCCUCGCCGAUGUCCCGGACACCACAAAAGUCAUUGGUGGUUUUGAUGCGACCAAAUAUCCGCUUGGAACCCCGGACUACGACCGGAUCAUCUUCGACAACCCGCAUAGCGGUGUAUAUGGAAGUCCGACCGACGACGUCCAAAACAUGCGAGCCGUAACGUCAAACCAGGGACUACUCGAGGCAGUCAUGAAGGAGGCGCGUGCACAUUUGAAACCCAACGGCUUCUUCGAGCUGUCCGUCUGCGGCUGGCCGUUUCUAGCGAAGCCGUCGCGACAGAAGGAGUGGGACACGGGUAUGGAUCUGGGCCGUGAGGAGAAGGUGCGAGCCUUUGCGGACAACCUCCACAUGAGGGUUGAGAGCGCUCGUGAUGAGGGCAUCAAGUCGGUUACCCGCAAUAACGGCGACGUCUUCCAGGCGCAAGUGAUCCGGUUCCAAUUUGCGCGAGCUUAG